AUGGCAAACGCAACAGUAUCAUCGUCAUCGUCUUCAGAUGCAGCUCUAAUAUCAACAUUAAAUUAUCUUUCAUUUCAAUUGAAUCAAUAUUUAUCAAUAUUCAUUUUGAUAUUUGGUACAGUUGGUAAUUUAUUGAAUAUUUUUAUUUUUCUACAACCAUCACUAAGAACAAAUCCAUGUUCAAUAUAUCUUUUAUCAUCAUCAUUCGGUGCAGUUGGUGCAUACUCUGCUGGUCUACUUACUAAAUUACUGUCGAUUUAUAAUUGGGACUUAACAGCAUAUUCUAACCCUCUGUGUAAAAUAAAAACAUACAUUCUUUUCAUCUCAUUUACCUUAUCAACCUGGUUUAUCGCGUUAGCAUCAGGUGAUCGUUAUUUAAUCAGUUGUUCUAAUAUGGCAAGACGCCGUUUGAGUAAUCUAAAAAAUACUUAUCGUUGCAUACAGAUAACAAUUAUAGUAACACUCCUAUUAUUUGUCGAACUAUUUUAUUGCUAUGAAGGACAACAAUUCACUGGCUCACCUCAACCAUGUUAUAGUAAAACUCAAACAUGUCGCUUGUACAAUGAUUUAGUAUUUGUUACUCUAUUUGUCAUAUUACCAUCCAUCAUCAUGUUCUUUUUCGGUUAUUUAACUAUUUUAAAUAUACAAAGGUUACGACGCUCAAUUGCUCCCACAUCAACGACUACUUCAACAGCGUCAUCUCAAGCAAAAGGGCUAAAACGAUCAGAUAGACAACUGAUUAGAAUGUUAGUUGUGCAAAUAUUAUUACAAACAAUAUUUAUACUACCAUUUGCUGUACAACGUUUGUAUAACACAUCAACGACUAAUGUAACAAACAAAACAUUAGUACGCGUGGCAGUUGAAAACUUAUUAUUCCAACUUGUGCAAAUUUUACGUUAUGUUAGUUAUGGUGUAUCAUUCUAUUGUUAUACUCUUACGGGUACAGUAUUUAGAUAUGAACUAUUAAAAUUACUUUAUCGUUUAAAAAUUAUAAAACAAUUACCAGUACCAUCACAAACGACAAAUACACUUGUCACAAAGAAUUAUCGUAGUACUGUACUCCAUCUGACUGAUGGAAAAUAG